CAUUCAUUCGUUGACCAUCGUUGGCGGAGGUUAGACGUGCGUUGGAUCUCUCGUCGUAGUCUCGCUUAUUUUCCUUUGGCAAAGCUCUCCAUUUUGAAUUUCCUCAGUACGCUACGUGCCGAAAAGAAAAAGUGCUUUUCACAGGAAUUACAACCGUCAGCAGUUUCAAUUUGCGAUAAAUUUGAAGUUGCCAAGCAUUAGGAACGAUGGUCGGUUCGCGUGUAUACGUGGGAGGUCUUCCCCAUGGAGUCCGGGAACGUGAUGUGGAACGGUUCUUCAAGGGUUACGGGAGAACGCGCGAUAUAUUGAUCAAAAAUGGAUACGGAUUUGUGGAAUUCGAAGACUACCGUGAUGCGGAUGAUGCAGUUUACGAAUUGAACGGGAAGGAAAUACUAGGCGAAAGGGUGACCGUUGAACCGGCUCGUGGAACAGCUCGUGGGGGCGGUUCGCGUCGCGAUAACGAUCGAUAUGAUCGUUACGACCGCCGAGGCGGUGGAGGUCGCUUUGAGAAAAGCAGAAGAGAUUCGAGAAACAGUUCCCGCUAUGGGCCACCGCUCCGGACUGAGUACCGCUUGACGGUGGAGAACCUUUCGUCGCGCGUCAGCUGGCAGGCAACCCUCCUUACAUGAUCUGGGGUUUGCAGAGAAGAACACGGUUAACAAUGUGACAGGAAGGCGCCAUGUGCACCCAAAGCAACCACGCGAUGAUGAUGGUGAUGAUGAUUAGGAUGAACCUGUCAAAUCAGAUUACAAAUUGCGGCAAUCUGUGGCUACGCGGCGCGAGUCGAUGGGGACUUGCGUAGCCGACCCUAGAACAGAUGAUCUACCAUCGUAGUACGGGCAAGGGCACCCGGACAGAGUGCGCCAAAUAACUUGAGCUAUUGAGGUUUCCAAUCAUCAUCCGUGGUUCGGAGGUCGUUCCCCCCUUUCGGCUAGUAGAGAGACAGUCCCGGUGAAACUGGUUCACCCGCAAAGCAAUCGACCCCAGACAAGGAGUGGCCUUCGUCCGUACCGAUUCAAAGAACGCAUAUUGGCUCCGCACGAUUAUCGAACCUGAUGGUCCUUUUCGAUACAAGGAGAGAUGUUCUCCGCCAGCUGCGCAAACUACGCAAAGUACAAUCACUUUUCUCACAAAUUUUAUUGCCUUGUUAAAACAGUAUCAUUUCUAUUAAUUUUUCUAAAUUUCCGAAUCAAAUUUAAAGAUUUAUCCAUUCACUGAUGCGCCCGCCACACGGUUUCAGACGAAGAAGCGUGCGAGGGAGAGAGAAUCAUGUCGAGGUCACCCCCCAAACAGAGCUAGAGACUGAUGAGGGACAUUCCAGAGUCAGGGUCGUGGCUAGUGCCAACAAAUGACUGCUAUCUUAAGUUCAACUUCCGCGUAGCGACGAGCAUUAUUCCGAUGAUGUUUUCCGUGAUCAACCUGAUCCGAAUGAGCGAUCGUGAGCCCCUUCCGGGAUAUUUGGUAGACUGUCACCGCAGUUCGGACAUCCUUGCGCCAUCCCGCUGUCGGCGAGCACCGUAUUUUUUUUCCUAAUUUCUUUUAAAUCACAUACUAGUUUAGCUGGUUUUCUGGGUUUGGUAAUACCGGUUGUUCGAUUGUGGGGACAUCCGCUGAAGAAGAAAUGGAGCCAAACGUGGAUCGUUUACUUUUUCCGCUGUUUGGAUCCGAACGUUCCGAGCUAUACCGCACAGCACUUGACGAAGCGCGACGGUCGGUCGUCCGCAAUUGGUUGAACACGUUUUACCUACCACCUAAGCAAGCACACUGAGACGAGUGAUGGGCCCUGAAGACACACAGAGAGAGAGACAGACAAUCAGACCAAGAGUGGCCACACAUUCCCUAGGGUUCCUUUCUUGAGUGAGCGACACAAGUGCGGCGGCCCCACGCAAAGAGCGCGCGCAAUUUGUGUGUAUGUCCUGGCCAAAAG